CCAGGGUAUUAGUCACAUUUUUGCCCUCAAGUGCCUCAAAAUGAUUUACAUAGUAAAACUAAAAUAAAAAAGGUAUCAAAAUCAGAUAAAACCAGCAAUAAGAUACUCAUACAACAAUAUACUGUAUUUACAAGGAACAAGUCCGAACCCCACCUCCCUUAAAGGAUGAGUGCAACAAAGGAUACAGUCAUUAUAUAACUACCUUCCCAAUUAAAAACAACAACCAUAAACCUGCAUAAAUAAAAAUGUUUCUGCUUGGUUCCUGCCAAGAGACAGUAGUGUGCUUCCACAGAUGGGAAGCCACCACUGAAAAGGCCUGUUCUUGUGUGACUAUCCUCUACACCUCCCUUGGAGAGGGAGUAAAGUCUUAACUUAAGGCAUGUAAAUCUAGUUGAAAGUCUGAGUCUGGUCUGGUCAAUGUGUGGACUGGAAACCAUAUGCCAUCUUGGGUUCCUUGAUGGAAGGAAAAAACCUCACAUGUGCCAUGCACAGUAGAUAAUGGAAAGGUCCUAGCUGAGCAGUGCCCUGCCUCUGAAGAGCACCUCUCUCUCUCUCUUUUUAAAGAAAUGAACUGCUUUCCGCUCUUAGAAAGGAAGAUAUGGUUCUUCACAUUUUUUAACAUUACAGGUUGGUGCAAAAGACAAUUUUGAUACCCUCAUGUCAAAGCCAAUAGUAGCUAGCCAAGUUAUUUUGGCACCAGGAGAACAUCCCACAAACGUUUCUCCCCUUGCAGUAAAAAUACAAUAAUAACUAAAAAGUUGCUGUCAUUUCAUGACAGGCAAAAUUGAGCUUCCUGCGGCUGCCUUGCUUGGCCUAACCGUAAGGACUCAGGACUCUUACACAAUAAGUAGCAUAGUGACUUGUUCUGGACUGAUCUCUCUCUCUCUGAAAGAGAGAAAAGCAGCAAAUUAUGCCUCAGUUGCACGUUUCACCUCUUAAAAUUAUUAUAUUCCUUAAUCGUUUGUUGGGGGAAAGGUUUCCACAGCAUAUUUAAAACAUAUAGAUUCACAUUCACGGAAAAAUAAAAAUACCCGUGCAAUUAUUAUUUUUAUUAUUUUAAAAAAACCCCCAAAACAGCCCUCACAAAACAACCCCCAUGACAGCCUUGGCCACACACUGACCCCAAGGCAACGUCCACCAAGGUAAAAGAGCUCAGGCGACGUUGCCUCAAAUAAGCACCACGGGCCUGCCACCCUAUUUCGUCAGAUCUUACUACUGUUUAUUUCAUUUUUAUUUGUAACUAAAGUGAUGUCACAGGCCUGGGCAUGUGGUAUUCCUCCCUCUCUCUUCUCCCUCCCUUAAGUGGCUUCACUGUUAGUCGCAAUGCACUCUUAGCCUUGGCCUCGGGCUCAGCCCUGCCCGUAACCGCCGGGUUCAAACUGGGAAUCCCUUCACGGGUUCUCCCAAAUAGUUUAGCGGGACAGGAACAUGAUGGGCGGCGCCAGGGAACACGCGGGUCCGGAGGGCCGGGGAAGGCGAGGCCUCGUCGUCCGGGAGAGAGGCUGCUCUCGCUUGAGGAGAUACGGAGGAGCCCCAGGAACCAGCGAGGCAGUUGUGGGCUGAGCCCCGAGGUUUUCUCUCACUCCACGCUGCUUUCUCCCCGCCUCGCUAAGCGGCCUCCUUUCCCUGCUUCACUUGGCACUUCCCGCCCUCCCCGCUUUGCUUCCUGGCAGUUUCAACCGAAAAGCCGCUCCUCUCGCUUCCCUUUCUUUCCCCGGUUUCCUUUCCUUCGUCUUUCUUGCGCAAAGGCAGUUUCUUACUCAGCUAUUCCCUCGACAGUCAUUUGGCUUCGAGCACCGCAUUUUACUUCUCAUUCUCCCGUCCCCCGUCAUCGGUAUACGCUUCUCACCCACCCCGCCCGCCUCCCUCGCUUCCCAGGAUUAUUAUUAUUUUUUAAAGCUGUUUUUCCACACAAUGUCCAAACUCAGUGGGGUUUUUUUCUUUUGUUUUUCGUAUUGUUGUUUUUAGUAGCUAGAAUCGAGGCGUUUAUUCGAGUGCUUGAAAGAUCCGCCGGGUAGAGAACGACGUCGAGUUUCGCAACUUCGUAUUCCUGGUAACUAACUCCAACGCGGCUUGAAUGCUGCUGUCGGCUGCAGUUUGCAAGCGCUGGGUUCCUGGACCCUCAAACCGAAGACGUAAAUUCUCUUUAAGGACUUUUGGACAGGUGAGACUUUAAAGGGCUUUAUUCUGGGCCACCUGUUCAUGUUGUUCAUCUUUAAAUGUCUCUCAGCUCCAUGUGCAAUGCUUUUAAAGUACAUUUGAAGUGCAUACUACUCCUCUUAGAAUUUAGGGCAUUGUAGUUUACCCCAGUUCCCUGCAACCCUUAACAAAACAAAAGUUGCCAUAUAUGAGAAAGAGAAAGAGAAAUGCGAUUUGAAUGUGCUUCAAAGGUAUAGUGUGUGGACAGUCUGUUCUGCACUGAAAUUUGACUUCUAGCAGGAGUAAGCAGAUAGUAAGUCAAGUUCUACUGGUAGUUCUGUAGAAGUUUGCAGUAGCUGAAGCAUUUCUGACUCCUGAUUUUUUUAACCACGACAGCAGCUAAAGGACACCUUCCACCACCACAAUCCAUAGUAAUGUAGGCAAGUCCGAAAGGGCGAAAAAAAGAGGGAGAGAGAGACACUUUGGGGGAGAAGGAGAAAGAAAGUGAAAGGGGUGAAGUGGGGUGGGGAAGAGAGAGAGUUGCUUCUCAUCAAUAUCAGCUCUUCAGUACAGGCGCUGGUGCGGAAACCGAGGCUGGGGAGGGGCUGGUUGGCUAAGCAGCGAGGAAGGGGAGGCGCGAUUCUUGGAAGAAACAGGGUGAAGGCAAAGUUUCCCACUUGCUUAUGUCUCCCUGUGGAAUCUGGAGCCCCCAUUCCUUAGUUUCAUGGUCCCUCUGCCCCUCCCGAGCCCUGGACAAAACAUGUAUCUCGCCAACGCAUGGAUGCAUCACAAGGGCAUGUUUCUAUCUCCCAGGAUUCUGCAACCAGAGACGGCCCUGAUGUUCGGUGCCGUGUUUUGUUACCAGAUUCGGGGUAUCCUUUAUUAUUAAAAGAGAUCAUUGCAUAAUUAUCAGGAAGCCUAAGCUUUGGCGGAGUCAGUGGCACACACACAUUGCCGUUUUGCCUUGCCUGCCGUUUUUGCCUUGCCUUUUCUACCCGCGCUCCCCUGUUACUUUGGCUGUACUUCAUAGGCUCAGCUUUGCUCAGCUCUGUCAGUAGAUAUUUUUUUCUAUUAGACGCAAGGAUUUCACAUUUUGAGAAAAGUGAGGAGAAGGAACAGGGAGAAUACAGGAGAAGCAGCAGGAGAGGCUGCAAUCUAACACCUGCUUACUUGGGAGCAAGUCCAGUUGAGCACAGUGGGGCUUACUUCUGAGUCGACAUGCUUGACAUUUCACUGUCAGUUUAUUAACAUUACACUAGAAAAAGAAGCUGUCAAUUAAUAGAGUACUUUCCAACCUUUUAAGUACAGCAUCUUAAACAAUUUAAGAUCAAUGGCGCAUAGACAGGUUUGGGGAAACGUAAGACCUGCCUAUAGGGCAAAAUCCUAGGGGAAACAUAACAAAAUAAAGAUUCUAAGUUAAUCACGUUCACACAAUUAAUGUCAUGUCUAGCUUGACCCAAUUUUUGUUUCUUUUUUAUCAUUGAUACCCUGCAUUCUUUCUCAAAAGGUUUACUCAAGGUGGCUUCCAUCCUUCAACAAAUGCCAAGCAUCCCUACUGAAACGUGAUAUAUGUAUAGCUCAGGUAGAACACGAUUUCCGGUCCCUUUAAAACAAAGCCUUCAACAGGUAGGAUCUGUCUAUAAUAGUAGUGCCUAGACCCACUGUGGGAGAGAGAGUUGUAGCUCCUACCCCUAGAAUUAUAGUAUUGUAGAGUUGGAAGGGACCUUGUUGAGGAUCAUCUAGUCCAACCCUCUGCAAUGCAGGAAUAUGCAGCUGUCCCAUCCUUUUUUACAUUUGCUGUCAGCCCUCAUUUGUCCUCCUCCUGCUUUGUAAAUUUACAUAUAUAUCUCCCUUCCUCCCCCCAAUCUCUCACACAGGUUGCCUCGGAUGCUAGUCCUGCUCAAGAGUAGACUCACUGAAAUGAAUUAAAAAUCCAAACAUUAAUUUCAAAGUAGGAUUUAGCUGGAUGUAGCCUGUUAUUAUGACCAAAGUAUCUUGCCCAAAAAGAUAUGCACAAACCAGUUUAUCUGAGUGCAUUCUUCUCAAGGUGGGGGAACUCAUUUAUUUAUAAUUGCUUAAUCAUAUGGGACUAAACUGCAUUAUGUUGUAAGGACCUUUUAUUAAAUCUUAGAAUUGUAAAGUUGGAAGGAACCCAAGGGUCAUCUAGUCCAACCCACAGUGCCUAUUUUAAACCAUAAUGUUAUCUGCAAAGUGGAACUAUGUGGGCUUGUAGUUUGAGAGUCGGAAAGAAGUAUGUCGCACUAUGUGGCAUUCUUUUUCAAGAACUACAAGUUUCAUAGUAGAUCCUUCUAACGUCAUCUAACAUAGGCAGGAGGGGCCAAUGGGAUGUGGCAGCUAAAUAGCAACAGGUGAGGGGACAACCAUUAUAACUGCUAAGAUCCUAGGGACUGUGGGAGCCAGUGCUGCUGAUAAGAUUUAUAGACCUCAGAACAUAUGGGCGUAAAUAAGUUAGAUCUAUUUUCAGGAGUGUGUAGAAGAAUAAGCACAUACUCUUGGGGACAGGAGAGCAUCUGAUGAGCACUUGUCAGUUUUUUAUAAUUGCUAUAUGUACGUGCAGUACUCUUGAAAAACUACCCAUGAGCACUGUGGGCAGGGGGAGCCCAAAAUGCUACAUAACUCCAAUGGAGGCAGUACUGCUUUGUGGUUUGCAGGUUUUUCUAAAUUGUUUGACCUCAAAAAAUAGGAAGCCCAUUUCAAAAGCUUUGUGCUAUUGCAAUAACAUUGUCAAAGGCAAAGAGUCAAAAGUUCGGAUCUGGAACCUAUUUUCAGAAUUCAACUCUGAAAUGUGUGAAGUAAUAGUAGAAUGAUGAUUUCUGGUUCCUUUGGAAAUUUAGCUGAGGGAAGAUAUGUAAAACAAUUUUAUUUUCAUUAUUAACUGUAAUGGUAUGCUCACCAGAUAGAAAUAUAUACUAUAUAAUACAGCAGCAUUACUGACUUUGUUGGAGAAAAAAAAUCUUAAUUUUGUUACAGUGUUUCCUGCCUACGCACAAUGAUUCUAAAUAAAAUUUUAUAUACUAUGCUUGGGAUCUUAACCAUGCAUUGCAACUUCUGUUUAGUGGGUAAGUUGAACAUUUUCUGUACUUAUUCUUGGAGUGCAAACUAGCUUAGAAGAAAAUUUCAAUUAAGCAUUUAGUUAGGAUGGGCAGUAAGGAAAUCUGCUGCUUUCUUGAAUGAAGGUGGGUGAUCCAUAUACAGUCAAACCUUGGUUGUCGAACGUAAUCUGUUCCGGAAGCCUGAUAGGCUUCCAAAAUAUUCGACAACCAAGGUGCGGCUUCCGAUUGGUUGCAGGAACUUCUUGCACUCAGCAGAAGCUGCAUUGGACACCCAGCUUCCGAAAACUGGAGCAUUUACUUCCAGGUUUUCAGCGUUCAGGAACCGAAAUGUUCUGAAACGGAGGCGUUCAGGAGCCGAGGUUUGACUGUAUAAACAGUUUAAAGCUUCUAAAUUAACUGGACUAAAUCCCAAAUAAGGUGGUGAUGGUCAAUUGCUAAUACCACCGUGGGGGAGGAAAACCCACUUAUCAUGUGUGCUACAGUCCCAAACCACAUCUGCUAUUCAAAAAGCAAACACACACUGAUAUUACUUGUUUAUGCUGUGUCUAGUUUGGCCCUGAAUAACACAAAGAAGUAUGGCAAAUGUGUGAAGUCUAAACUGGCUCCUAAGUCUUUGUAUGAUGGCGAAAAGUCUAAUAUGCCCUAUUAUGAAAAACUAUAUAGGGAGUUAAAGCAUGUGUAUCCCAAGCAUGAGGGGUAGUAUUGAAUAGUUGAGUCUCUUAAAGGGACAAGGUAUAGUGAAUAGUGCCUUCUUUGUUUAUUUUUCAUCAGUACUGUGUUGUUUUGUGUUUUGCUUUAGUAUAACUGAUCUAAGUGAUUUUUCUUUAAAAAUAGAUGGAGAUGCUGUGGCUCACAUCUUUCCUUCAUCCCCUUUAAUUGAAAGUGGUUCUACCUUGAAAGUUUUUUGUAGACUGGGCAAAAAACUUUUUCCUUAUAAAAAUGCAAGUCAUAUCAUCUGGACACUGAAUGAUGUUGUGAUUUCAGAAGAAAACUACCAAAUUAUCAAUGACUCUGUCUCUGGAGUAGUUAUUCAUAAUUUCACUUAUGGAAGAGCUCACGUUAAAUGCUUUGUUGAUUCUCCGGUUAAAAAGCAACACCUGGCUCACUCUGAAGUUAGAUCAGGGUGUAAGUAAGCUUAAAAGUCUUGAACUGAAAAUGGGUGAUUUAAGCACUUUAACAAUACUUAAAAACCUUUGAGAAUAUUUACGUAGAAUGGGAUCCUGGUGGGUGUAAUGUUUUAAAAGAUGUAAAUUGUAAGAUUUUACUGAUGCCAAGUAGUUUAAAGUCUUUUUACCAAACGAAACUGGUCAUUCAAAUGCCUGAGAAAUGUAUUGUUUUGCCUUUCUUGGUUGCAGUUCCUCCACGGCCGCCUGAAAUUAUUUUCUGCAUCUUUUAUUACAAAAGUGGCUCAACUCUUACUUGCACAUGGACAUAUGAGAGGAACCCUGAAACAGUCUAUACUCUCACUAAACAGUAAGUGCUAAGUGGUUGGCUGCUAAUGUUAUGCAAAGAGUGUAGCAUGUGAGUUAGAUAAUUGCAUUUCCUCCCUUUAAUCAAAUGUUUAGUUCAACUGCUUUUGGAUUACCCCAGUAAUCUUAAAUAGCUAUUCAUCACAAACAGGGCAGCCAACGAGAUGCAAACACAGUGGCAAACUCAGAGGCCAACUCUUGGGCAGUGCUGCUCCAUGCCCUCAACCAUAACCUCCAAGGUUCAUUCAGCUGGUCAUCUUUCAAUGAUACAUGGAGUUGCCAAGAUUUUUGGGGUCCAUGGGCACACCUGGAAUUCUGAAAACAUGUUGUGGCCAUGAAGUGGUUGCCGUGAGUGUGGUGUGGCAUAGUACAAAUGGCUGCCAUUUUUUUAAUCUUCAAAGCCGCUGUGUGUGGUUACCAAUACAUACAAAGAUCUUUAAAAAUAAAAAUAAAAAUACCCAUGUAAAUACACAUUUUCAUCCUUUUAAUUUCUGUGGGAGGGAAAAACACAUGGUUUAAAUUUCUUCUGUUGAAAUCUGUGGCACUUGAAUGUUCUCAACUUUUGGUUGUCAUUAAAAGCAUAAUUCACCUUUUACUGUUCUUUUCUAAAUUGUGCUCAACAUAUUUCAGUCCUGGAUUUGAUUCUAAUUGUGAGCUUCUUAACCACUUCUUCCACCAAAAAUAUUUACUAAUUUUCUUCUUCUUCCCACCGCCUGAAUUUUUCACAAACAGGAUGUUAGAACCAAAUGAGGAAGAAAACUGCUCAAUGAAAAGGGCUUCAACAUUAGUAGGCGAUGAGAUACAAAGCUGCUCAACCCAAAAUGAUUCAUGUACAAUAUUCAAUCAACCAAUUUCUGCUCGGGAAUAUCGUGUCCGGGUGACGGCAAGAAAUAGCUUGGGGGAAGCAACCUCAGAGCCUGUUUGCAUAAUUUCUACAAAAAUUUGUAAGUUUAUAAGUUUAUAAACAAUUUAAAAUAUGAGAAAAAUAGGCUGUGUUUGAGCAACCAGUUCUUAUGCAAUACAUUUUUUGCUACUGCAGAGAUAAAAGAAUUCCAGUGGCGUGCAGUGAACAUUUUCGUAGGAUAACAUUUAGGGCCAGAGGCGCCAGCUUGAGUGAUUGGGGCGGGGCAACGUCAUGCGCAUGAACAUUGUGCCUCCCUCUCUAAGCUGGGAAGAAGCUUUCUGGGCUUUGGGAAGGAGUUGCCAGGCCUCUGACAGGAUGCUGGAGCCCUGCUGCCUCCUUACCAAAGACGAGAGGGCUUAGGGAAGAUGGGAGAAGGGCUCUUGGCCCCAUUGCAGUAUUGCACCUCCCUCCCUAAGCAGAGCAGACGCUUCCUAGGCUUUGAGAAGGAGGCAGCAGGCUUUAAUACUUUAAUACUCUUAAGUUACCAGGAACAUUUAGGGUACCAGCCCAGUCUCUCUAGUACACCAACAGCACCCUGCUGAAGAAUUCUAUUUUGCAUAAAUCUACAUUCCUAUGUGGAUUUUUUUCACUGAAAACAGUGCCUGCCUAAAUAAAACUAAAGGGCAAGCUGCUUGUAUAUCUUGGAGAGGGAAGUUCCAUAAUAACAGUUGCACCUUUAAGAAGGUCCUGUCCCUCAUACCUGCCAGCUCUUGCUAUCACCAUCUGAAACACCGUGUAGCGUAAUGGUUCAUGUGUUGGACUCGGACCUGGGAGAGCAAUAUUUGGAUCCCCACUCAGCCAUGAAGCUCACUGAGUGACCUGGGGCCGGUCACCAUCUCUUAAUCUAACCUACCUCAAAGGGUUGUUGUGAGGAUGAAAUGGGGAGGAGGGGAACCAUGUACACUACCUGAGAUCCUUGGAAGAUAAAGGUGGUUUAUAAAUUGAAAUACAAUGGACCCUCGGGUUAUGUACCUCUCUGGAUACAUAAUCUUCGGUUUGCGAAAGCAGCAAACCCAGAAGUAUUUUUCCAGGUUUUGCCACAUGCGCAGAAGCGCUCUAUCGCACUGCAUGUGCAUACAGAAGCUGUGCCUCUGGCUACAGAAUUUUUGCAGUUUUGCAUGGACCCCUGGAAUGAAUUAAAUCCAUAUGCAGAGGCUCCACUGUAACAACAAUAAUCUGCUUCUAUCUCCAACCCAGUUGGGUUUAAUUCCAAGUGUGACAGUGGUGUUGCAUCACAUUGAUCUGGUUCAUCAGCCUCCCCCCCCACCGAACAGAAGUAUUUUAAUUAUCUUUUUAUAGCUGUGUUUAGAAAUGAAAUAUAAAUUCUGCGAUGGGAUUCAAGCGUGCAGCCUACCCCACUCUCCAUUCCAACAGAAUCUCUCUUGCUGCUGCCGGUAGGAUUGGUUGUAAAAUUGUUAGCAUUGAAAGCAUGAGAGCUUUCUUUCUCAAUUCCAGUGAAGCCUGAUCCUCCUCAGAUAACUGAAAUAGAAACAGUUCCAGGGAUGAAGCAAACACUAAGAGUUCAUUGGAAAAAACCUCGGUAUAUGCCUCGAAGUGCUGAGAACAAUACGAGGUGCCAAAUUCGAUAUAAAUCCAUAAAGGAAAAUGGCAUGGUAAGUUGAAUUGUAAGUGAGUAGCAAUUUUUCCAGCUCAUAUAACUACAGGCAUGUAGUCCAUGUUGGCCUCAUCUUCUCAGUCUGCUCCUCCUAGCAUUAUUUUAUGCUCUUUCAUCACGUCUUUUCUUACUUGCCUUUUCUCUAAACUAUAAAGUGCCAAAUGCUUUAACUUUUCCUCAAAGGAGAGUUUCCCCAUCUGCUUAAUCAGUUUGGUUGCCCUUUUCUGAACUUUUCCCUACACACACACACACACACACACACACACGUGUGCUGUCUUUUGGUAAGCAGUUAUUUUAGCCAAGAAUGCAUGCCAGUUUUUGGCAAGUAGAAUUUACCAUCUGAGCCACACUUGGGGUGUGGGGUGAGGAAUGUAAGAAUAUGGAUGCAAGUGAUAACAAGAGAGACCAUGGCUUUUAUAUUUUAUCUCCUAUGAUAUUUGCUGUGUUCUUUGAAGGAAAACUGUUUUUCUACCCAAUUUCCAGAAAGAUUACUUCAUGGAAGAAGACAGUGCAACAAUUGAUCUCACUAAUCUGUGGGAUUGUACAAACUAUACUGUUGACAUUCGGUGUGCUCAUAAUGACUCAAAGUUUUGGAGUGAGUGGAGUGCAGAAAAAAUGGGAGCAACAGAAGAACAAGGUAAGCAAAAAUGCUGAUACAGUUUGAUGCUGUUGCUAAGUUUUAUAUUUACAGAACUUAAAAAAAAUCAGUUUAUGUUAAUUCAGUUUAUUAUUAUUAUUGUUAUUGUUAUUAUUAUAUAUCCAAGACUAAUUCCAUCUCUAGGGAAUCCACAGUGAAUGUUUAUACUGUACUGUAUAUGUUAAAUAGGAUAGGCAGUGAAGGGGUAUCUGUCAGGCAGGGCUAUCUCACGCUGUUAUAUUGGUUAUAUCAUUCAUUGUUGUUGUUGGUAUUCUGUUGGGAGCUGCCCAGGGUGGCUGGGGGAACCCAGUCAGAUAGGCGGGGUAUAAAUAAUAAUAAUAAUAAUAAUAAUAAUAAUAAUAAUUCAGUAUUAGUAUUGGAUAUUGCUGCUGUUUCCAGUCAUUUACUCUUGAAUAUGGUUAGAGCUGUGCUUCCCAACAUGGGGGACAUGCCCCACGGGGGGCAAUUUCAUUUUUAAGGGGGGCAAAUGAAUGGCCUUUUAGGUUUCCUCCACAUGAAUAGGAGUUCACUUUUUGAAUAAUAAGAACCAUAUGUCACGGGGCGGGAGGGACCAGGAUUUUAGAGAUGCUUAGGUGGGGCAUGGCCAAAAAAACACGUUUGGGAACCACUGGUCUAGAGGGAAAGUGUAUGUGUUUAGUGUUGCCAGCUUGUCAUGGUGUUCCAGCACCCAGUUGCUAGGGGAGUUGUUCAUAGACAGCCUCCCCAGUUUUGGAGAACAACAAAGAACUAGUUGUUAUGUGUUCUAUUCUUGUGCUAUUCUUGAAUAUCCACUUGCUGCAGGAUAUGAAUAUGAUACUAACUAGCUUUUUAGCAGCAUAGAAGUGGCUCUCUUGGUGGGCUAUAGGAGUAGUCUGUUCAUGCCUUUUAUUUCUAUAUUUUUAAUUAUGAUGUAUUAAUUUUGAUAGCUCCCUUGAAAGUAGACUUGUGGCGAGUACUUGAAUCGCAUCAGCCAGCUGGAAGAAGAACUGUGCACCUUUUGUGGAAGGUAAAAAAAAUUGACACUUUGAGAUUCUGGGGGUUUUUUGGUUUAGUAUUUGAAUGGUGAAUGUGCUGUCAGGUUUGACUGACAUUAUUUCUGAUACAACUCAGUAGCCUAUAUACUAUGUUAAUUGGUAUUUUUCAUGUUUGAGAUGAGUCACUACGUACUUUUUAUCACUCUAACUCGUAUGCAUAUACAUGCCAUUACACUGGCAAACACCUCUGUCAUUUUGAUUACUCUGAUUUCUGAAUAGACUUUCCCAGUGAUGCUUUGUUUUUUGCAGUAAAGAUCUCUCUGAGAAAAAAACUGUUUUGCUGAAUUCUGUGAAGGAAUUAUUUGUUUUCAUGAAUAAAGGUGGAUUAUCUAAGGUGGUGUCCAUAUUAGUUUACCAGGAUACUAUUCAGGAGAGACUGGCAUAGGAAAUGUAUGUGUGUGUAUGCACUUUUUUAAAUCAGGUGUUGGAAAAAUAUGGUCCAUGCUUUGGUUCAUGAGAUUCUUCAGUGUAGCUUGCAAUAUCAUACAGAAGUCUUAAGAAUCCUGGCUGGUGGUGUUGGGUUUUUUUAAAUGGUUGCAUAAAUGUUUGGGAGAAAAAUUGCCAAAAGCAGAAGCAAGUGGCAGGAUGGUGGUGAGGACUCAAAAUCAAUUGGUCUUAUACACCCUGCAACUUCCUACAGUAGUUUAUGGGAGUGCACACAUGUUGUAGUGGUGUUGCAACUCUGCAGAGAUUGUGUGAAGCCCCAGAUUGUACAAAGCAGUACAUCUGUGUGAGGCCAUUGCGCUGCUCCAAGUGUCCCCAGCUUUGGAGUUGGGAAAGGUGGCUACUGGAGGACAAGCCUGCGAUUCUACUGCUUGGAUUGUGGUGCCCUGACCAUGGAGCAUCCUCCCAAGGGCAGUUUGACUGGCACCUACAUAGCUCUCCUUUAGGCUCUGGGAAAAGAUUUUACUAUCUCGUGCCUUCCCUCCUGUUGAUGCCUUCUGUAAAGUUUCUAUUUUUCUGUGAAACACCUUUAACAAUGAAUUGGAAAGGUAAUAUACAGAUGUAUUAAAUGAAAUAAUUUGCACAAUUAGGGUGACUGCAGACAAAAAUCCACAAUAGCACACAUUGCCACUGAUGUGUGUUAAAGUCCUACACGGAAGCGCUGUUUCCUAUAAGCCAGGCAAUCGGCACUAGGUUGUAAACUUGCCUGGAGGGUACAUACAGGAAAUGUUUAUGUAUUUAUCCUGAAAAUGUCUGAGCUCCCCUUGAGAAUAAGUUUCUAGGGUGUUGCAUGAUAGAAAUAAAUAAAAUACAUUAAAAUAUAAACAGUAAAAUAAGGAAAAACCAAAAACUGGAGUGUUGGUAUGGCUCACAAAGUAGCACAGAAUUGGUGGAAAGUAUUUUUUUUUAUGCAGAGUAGUAGGUAUUGUGGCAUAUAUAGGCAUACCAUUUAUUUAUUCCCUUGAUAUUGAAAGCAACCUGCUAGUGCAUUAUUGCAAAAUUCAUGUCAAUCUGAUGAAGUAGAUAUGCAAUGAUUGGAUUGAAGAUCAUUAAGCUGAGAAACAGCAGCUUGCCCUUGCUUCCUGAGAGUAAUGGAAAUAAGAACAGUAAAUAAAUUUGUAAUGAUUUGCUGACCUAUCGCUGGUAUUAAGUGAAUCAAGACCGCAAGGUACAGUGCAAAACCACUUGCUGUAAACUUCCUGUAAGCAAAAGAUGGAAAUAAAUUUCAAGACCAGAUUUAACAGUGCAAUCCUUUACAGUACAUGUAAACUCAAGUGUGUAUGGACUGCAAACUUAUUGGAUAACCAACUUUUCAAAACUGGUUGGCAUAUUUCAGAGCUUUCUGAUUCCAUGAGAAGUAUAUGCGUAUAUGUAUAGAGGGGGAGAGAGGAUCCCAUCUCUGUCCUUUUCGGUGUAUGUGUGACUUGCAUUUUAGUUUUUAUGCAGUGUAUGUGAUCCUAUACAUGUUUGCUCAGCAGUCCCAUUGUGUUCAGCACUGCUUUCUCAGGUUAAUGCACACAAGUCUUAAGAGUCGUAUCUUCUUCAAUUGCUAUGCUGUCCUAUUUUGCUUUGUUUUUUAACAGAAACAUGAAGAAUUCCCAUCUUCUGGAAGAAUAGAUAGCUACAGAAUAAAGUAUUUUACAAAAACCAAUCCUCCUUUUGAAAAAACUGUCAACGCUAAAAAUAAUUCGAGUAAUUUCGAAUUGACAGGAGAAGCCUAUUUGAUCAGUGUUGUUGCUCAUAAUAUAGCUGGAGAUUCUCCUGAGGCUGUUUUGAAAAUUCCAUCAAUACAUGAAGAAAGCAUGAGUGAGUUUAUGUGAUCAAAAUGUGUGAUUUUUUAAAAAUGUAGUAAUAGGUCACUGUGGUUCGGGUGUUGAUAUGUGUCAUUGUGUUUGUAAAUGUGUAUCCCCUUUCAGAUCUUCUUUAAAAUACAAUUACAUGGUUGUAGCAUUUGCUUGCAAAAAGAGCAAAACAGCAAAUACUUAGUUAUGGAGCAUACAUCUAAAACAAAAAUGUCUUAAAUAGCCUCCUAAAUAUCAAGACUUAUCUGAUACUGAGUAAGCAGUAUUACUUUAGUGCAGGUAGAAUUAAGAAAUGGGACUUCUAAUCCAAGACGUCUCUUUGUACUUGAAUCCCUGUCUGCAAGGAUAUUGCAAUGCAGUCUCACUGCUUAUUCAUUGUGUAUUUAUUUUUGCAUCCUACGCUGUAUUGAUAAAAUGUAGAAUGUAGAAAGAGUAUUGCUUUUCAGAGUACCUUGUUUUCUGUAGGGGAUCAUGUUAAAAGGUUUUCUUAGGAAGGAUUGCUAUUGCUACAUACCCUUCUGCUCCCUUCUGUCUUCUGUUCUCAAAUAUUUUAUUAAUCACAAUAAUAUUCAGUUGAAUUGCUGAAGUCUGCUUAAGUCAACAUUCCUGCUAAUGUCAGCAAUCAUUCUCUUAGAUCUCCAAAGGAUUCUUAGCUUGAAUACUUCUGCUUUAAAGGAGCAUUUGUUUUUGGAAUGGGAAACUUCAGAGUUAGAAAUAAAUGAAUACAUUAUAGAAUGGUAUAAUGAACUGGAGACAGAUCCAUACAACAGAUCUUGGGAAUAUAUAACAAAUGUCACAAACUGGACAUUUCCAACAGGUAAGGGUUCUGGAGACUAUCUUUUAAACCCAAUGUAUUUAUUUCUGUAUCUUUACUCCCCAUUUUUUCUAUCUAAAGAUAAUAAUAAUAAUAAUAAUAAUAAUAAUAAUAAUAAUAAUAAUAAUUUAUUUAUACCCUGCCCAUCUGGCUGAAUUUCCCCAGCCACUCUGGGCAGCUCCCAAUCGAGUGUUAAAACAAUACAGCAUUAUGUUGAGACAGUUUCCAGUUGGGUAUUUAUUUAUGUACUUUUGCGUUUGGUUGCAUGUUAGCAAAUAUCUCUGAGUGGUAAGCACAUGGGUGCAAUGCUGUUCUUCACUGCUAAAGUCCUCUAGAAUAGUCCAUGCUGAAAUUGCUUGAGCUGUUUCAGAUUAUUGGUUUUGAAAAUGUGGACUAUUCUGAUAGGGACAGACAGAAGGGAGUGGAUUUCUGUCACAUGAAGGUCUUUAUACUACUGUGCAGCCUUAUUUCCUUGGCUGCAAGCAAUACAUAAUAUCUAUUGGAGAAAAACUCCACAAGUUGGAAACACAUUUAUUUACUUCUAGUGUUUAUAUCCCAUCUAGUGAUGGUGCUUUGUUUUAAUGUAAACUCCUCAAAACAGUCUAGUUCCAUUUCUGUAUUGGCAUAAAAAGUCUGGUUAUCAGCUGUUCCAGGAGUCGUUUUUAAGAAAGAAAAAGUCUAAAAAUAGCUAUUGCUGCAUUUAUAUUGGUUUUAUCCUACAUAAAAAUUGGGCCUUUCAGGUUUCUUAGUCUAUACUGCUUUUCAAUAUAGCAAGGAAAAUAUGUCAUAAAGGAAAGGUCCUAAGUUUGUAAAGUCCUGAUUCUGGCAUGUGGCUUUUCUGUUGCUGCUGUGUGAGUGAAUGUUAUGUUAUGUUUUAUGUUCUGUUCUGUUAUGUUAUGUUAUGUGUAAUUAAAAGUCUUGCUGCACAUCUUGAAAGAGCAGUAACAUUCUGUGCAUCUUGUUUCCCCUCCCUCCAGGAACCUUCAAUCCCUAUAUCUGUUACAACAUUUCAGUGUAUCCCUUACAUAAAGGUGAAGUAAAAGCGCCGAGUUCCACCAGAACCUACUUUCAAGAAGGAAGUACGUAUAAAUUAUUGCCUCUGUGGCAAAUAUCAGUCUCCCUUAAUCCUACCUGAAUAAGUCAGCUUUGAAUCUUUUAGUUCCUCUGCUUUGGGUUCUCCCUUCCUACGACUACCUCCAAUAGGAUUGUUCUGUUAAAUACCGUAUUUUUCGCUCUAUAACACGCACCCGGCCAUAACACGCACAUAGUUUUUAGAGGAGGAAAACAAGAAAAAAAAAUAUGCUAAACGAAACAGUGGAUGUAUGAUUUUUGUGGUUCAUGCUGUGGCCACAGACAUGUGAUCUGACGGUGAGUUUGGGGUAGCCCAAUGCAAAAAUCCUGAGGAUCCAUGUGGAUCCAUGCAUUGUAACCACGUUUUUGUACCACUGCGGCCCCAGGCAACAGUGUGUGUGUGAUUUUUUUGGUGCAGGCUGUAGCCAUGGACAUGCUAUGUGAUCUGAUGGUGAAUUUGGGGUGACCCAGUGCAAAAAUCCUGAGGAUCCAUGUGGAUCCGUGCUUUGUAACCACGUUUUUAGUGGGGAGGGAAGGAAAAGCACUCAAGGGACAAGGAACACGCGUGGGGUGGGUGGAGAAGGAUGCUGUUAAAAACGCAGAAGAGGGGUAUAAGAGGAGAAGGCGCCUCUCCUCUCCUGCUUUGCUCCUUUAAAGCAAGCAGGCUCUCUGUCUCUCUCUCCUCCCCACUCAGCGGCUCUUCUCUCGCUUUGCUGUUUCAAAGCAAGCCACGGAGGAGGGAAGCAAGGGGAACCAUGGAUCCUCUGCUCACGACUGCAGCAGAUCCCCCUGCCAUCCAUAGGCAUUCGCUCCAUAACACGCACAGACAUUUCCCCUUACUUUCUAGGAGGAAAAAAGUGAGUGUUAUGGUGCAAAAAAUACGGUAUGUAAAAUUGCAUUAGUUAUUUCAAAACUUGUUUUUCUACAUUGCUAUGCAUUUAGCAACACUGAACACCAUUCACGACAUCAUUUCUUUUAUUAAAGUUUUGUUGGCUGUAUUUUCCUACAUCAUUUAGGCCCAAUCCGAGGUCCUACUGCUGUGGUGAAAUAUUUUGAUAAAAGUGAAGCUGCCAUAAUGUGGGAGGAAAUUGAAAAAGCAGACAGACGUGGUGAUAUUAUUAACUACACUAUAUUUUACAAAGCUGAUGGUGGAAAAGAAUUGGGUACGUAUACACAUAUGAGGCAGAAAGUUAGAAGGCUGUCAUAAUACCACUUCUUAGCAGUGUUUGGCUAUAGUGCUGUUCUUUAGUCUCAGGUGGCCUCCAUAUGUUGGCAUGGAUUGCUGGUAAGGAAAGGAACAGCUGAAAAAUUUGGAAGCUUUCUGUUUGUAAUCCAACACAUUUGCCUUGGUACAACUGCCAGGGAAAAGGGCACAUGUGAUUUGGUGUGGAGGCAGAAUGCUACCUGCUGGCUCACACCCAUCCCUGGACCUUCCAAACAUGUCAUGCAGGGUUAAUGUUGUUUUGUUAGUGCUUGGAACAGGAGCCAAUCACUUAAUUCUUUUCCUGUCUUUUAAAUGGCUCUUUGUUUCCUUUGGUUUGUCUGUUCUCAAACCUGGUGCCAAACUUAGUUUUGUCAACAAGUUUGUUAUUACAUGUGGGGAAUUCAUUUUUUUUUGUUUUUCUGGCUUACUGUGACAUAGUUUGAAAAGCUUUGCUGAAGAAAGUUUGGCUACACCCACUACUGUGUGUGCUAUAUGAUUAUAAAAUGCUCAGGCUCGGGGCUGCCAGCCCUCCAGCCCCAUAUUUCCAGUGGGGGAAGAAAAAGAGUGUUCAUGAUUACUUCUCAACUCCUGAAACACAAACCUCAAGAAGCCUGAAUUGCACCACGAAGCUGUUUCUAUCUGCAUCACUCCUCUUAGGGGGCAUGAAUGCACUGCAGUAUUUUGUUGCAGAUUCCACUCUCUCUGUCUAAUAAAAUAUCAUUUUACAUUUUGUCACAUGCGUCGUGCUGUCCGUUUUGCUGAGCAGCAGCAUCUCAUAACUCUUGGUAGUAAAAAAAAAAAUCUGUUUACUUUUGUAUGGCUCUUGAAGAUCCUUCAAGCUUAAAAGAAUUUCAUAUAUACUAGACCAGAUGAACAUUUAACCCUAAAUUUGUGUCUUAUUAGGAGAAACAGUGAGUGCUGAUGUGCUAGAAUACCGCCUUAAAUUCUUGCAAGCUAACACCAAGUACACAGCUCAUGUUAUGGCAAGCACCAUGGCUGGAGGAACCAAUGGAACAGAGCUAGAUUUCAUCACCCAUAAACUUAGUAAGUUACUCAGUGCAAAUAAUUUUCUGUUCAUGGGUCGCUUUUUAAAGUGUGGUGAACUGGGCCUCAGAAAGGGUAGCCUAUUUCUCCAACACUGUUACAGCACAAAGUGAAAUCCAGGAAACCUUAAUUCUGUUGACUGAAAGGAUGUACAGUUGACAUAAACUCAUAGAAAGGGUGCACUUCCAACUUGUGAUUGUACGUGAUCUCACUUUUUUCCCAUUAUACAUGUAAGAAUGUUCUUACAGGCCACUCCUCUAGUGCUGAGGUUAUUACCUUCUUGAAAUAUACAUGCCCUGCUGAGUUGAUCCUAGCUUAGUAGUACUAAAUCAGGUCACAACUGUAUGGACAGGGCACUGUGCUGAAAGCUUUCUGGGGAGGAUAUGCAGUAUCAUGACAGGAAGCUGCUACACACAAACAGCCUCCCCCCCUGCUGUGUGACACCCAUGUAGUUGCAUUCUACAGCAGCCAUCUAUGUGGUUCAUUAUAUAUGUCAAAAGUGCAACAAUAAGAUGCACCACAAGUCCUUUGAUGGAAUUUCUUUCUUUUUCUUACUGGGGACCUCUCUACAAGACUGUAGCCCCUUCUCCCCUUUUAAGUGCUAAAAUAUAGUAUAGUUCAGUAAACAAGAGUAAGUCCCACUGAACUCAUUGGCACUUACUUUUGAGAUAACCUAAAAUUCUUGGAUGUUUAUAUUUUGAAGUCAUUUUGCCCUUCCUCUUUCCCCUGCUAGGUGAGACAGAUAUUAUUCUUCUGUUUGUCAUUGUUGGAUUUUUCAUGCUAUGCUUAACAACUGUUGGGUUAUUGUGGGCUCUGAAAAGACGCACGUGAGUAAAUGUUUGCAUAAGUCUUUUUAUAUGGGUGAAAAUGAGGCAUUGUAGUAAAUGGAAGCAUAGGUUUUUUUUAAAGUUUCUUGCUUGUUAAAUAUGUGUCUGGAAAACAAACCCCUACAAAGGAAAGGCAGAGCCACUCCCUGAGCUGAGAAAUCUUAUUACUGAAUUAUGGCAAGUUACAUAAAUUAAAAACUUAUUAUGACGGAGGAAAAGGGGCUUGAUUUUAACUUAGUUUAAAUGGUUUUUCUUGUUAAUAGGUGUCAAUAAAUACCUGUAUUAGAUGGAUAAAUUUUGUUUUGGCAGGUUGAAAAAGAUUUGCUGGCCUGAAAUCCCACAUCCGGUACUACCAAGUUUUCCCAAUGGAUUUCAGGUAAUGAAUAAUUUUUGCUGAUCCGGUGUGAUAAUUUGUUUGAAAAUAGAAGAAAAAUAAUAUCUAAUAGAUGUGUGUGGUGGCCAGGGCUGUCCCUGAUCAUUACACUGCCCUGCAACCUGACUUCCCUUGUGGGCAUGCAUGAGAGUUCGCUUUGCUCUGGUCUCCCUUUCAUGCUUGUGUUUGCUCCUGCCCUUCCCCUCCACCAAACUAUUACUUGCCUGCCCUCUCCAUUAGGCAAUAGCAGCUCCCAGUAGCAGCUGUUGCCAGCUGAUGACUUGCAAAGCCAAGCAACAGACACUUGCCCUUUUUGCUUGAAGAGUGGGAAGUAGAGCUGUGGCCAGUGGUAGAUGGAAGAGAGGGGGCUACUUCUUCCAGGAGUCUCCUCUUUGUUCCUCUUCCUGCAAUACUGAGGAUAAUGCUUAACUUACAGGGUGGUUGCAAGGAUUACUAGGAUAGUGUAUGUGAAGUGCUUUAAACAUUCAUAAAAGUGUGGUUAUCAUUUCUCUCUUUCUGACUGGUCUAUGGCUAGGGUGGCUAACCUGUGAGCCUGAUUCAGCUGGCAAAGCCACAGGUAGUCUUUUGAUCUGAUCUGGAGUUACUGCAUGAUCGUUAGAGAUCACUCUCUACAGAAGAGUGUUAUUUAAUUCCAGGCUUUUAGAGAGACCAUUCUGUGCAAAGUAAAAGGCAGAAUUUCCAGCAGGAACACCCCCACGCCACAAAUGGAGUGGGGUGGGCUCAUGCACUUGCAUUGACCAUGCUUACUUGCUGGACUGUGGCCCUCAUAAAGGGAUGGGCAAAUCAGUCAUUUUUCCAAUCUUAGAUUCAGUUCUCUACAUUUCUUUAGAGCAAUUUGCAAUUAAAAAACAACAACAUCUCAUUAAGAGUAGUCAACAUUUCAUUGUGAAUUUCCCCUAAUAAACUCAUUGUUGUAAGCAGUUCUGAAUAAUGCAUACAUUUUUGUAAGCAAUUUCCCCAAUAUAAUACAUUUUUGCAUAUUAUAUUCAACAAUGUGUGCAUUUUAAUGCACACUUUACCCUAGUAUAUGCAUUUUUUGUGUACAUUACUUGACUAGAAAACUGCAUUGCAAAAUUUGGACAAGUGUGAAUUUCUAAGAACAUCUGUGAAUCAAUUUGAGAAAUGUGAACUGGGUAGCUUCUUAUUAAAAUGUAAACAAAAUUGAAUUUUGCUUCUAGCCUUUCCUUGAGAGAGGUGAUUCUAGGGCCAAAAAAGGUUAGUCAGGCUGGACUAGGGCAUAUUAUAGUGGGGUUGAGAACUCAUGUGGAUGGAAAAUGUCACCUGGCAUCAUCCUCUCCUUAGAAUGAAGGAGGACAGAACAGACUUGUUAAUAGGACUUUUCCUUUUUGCGUCCAUGGUAUUGAUUAUAAUCAUAUUAUUAGCAAGCAGGCUGCACUCAUAUUACUUUGAGGAUCAUUCAAACAAUGUGAGAUUAUGAGUGUAACAGAUGGACAGUUGCUCAUCUGCAGGCUUACUUGUAGUUUGUUAGCAAGAUUCCAAAAGGGAAGGACUCACUGGAGGAAAUUACACUUUCAAAGUUUCUGCAAAUUUUGGAGACUUAAUCAUUUUUUUCUUUUGGUAAAGACUCAAGAGGAACUUAAUUACUUAACUUUACAUCCUCUUUCUUUCUCUUUUUCUCCUCCCAGGAGAAGACAAUGUUGAGAAACUCACCCUCUGAGAAUGAGACACUCAGUGUUUUGAGGGUAGAUCCUUGCGAAAAGGAUCAUGAUGAAUUACACUCACUGACCCUUGAAACCUGGUUGAACCAGACUGAUGUUACCUCAGACUUCUUGAUGGCCAACCAUGAGAUUUUGUGCAGUGAAGAACAUGAAGCUAUAGUACCUCUUGCACAAUCAACCUCUCUGGGGCAUGAUUUCAGGAAUCCACCAAUUACAGCUCCAAAAGUGGAUUCUAGAGAUUAUGGAGAUGAUGAAGUUCACGAUCAGCCAGAGUUGAAGGAGAAAACUGAGUUCAACCUAUAUUUGAAAAACUCGGUCCAUACAAGAGAGUUCUUAUGCCAAAAUACAGAAGGAACAAAAGGCCAACCAGUUUUUGUAACAGGACAGUGUUAUGUGGCACUGGAUGCAGUUAAACUGUUCUCAAAGCCCUGUUCAGAGUAAUUUAAUGGAGUACCACGUUGGGCAUUGCAGGGAGUUGGACUAGAUAACCCUCGUCUUUUCCAAUUCUACAGUUCUAUGAUUCACUGAAAGAAGCAUGAUGCUGCUGCUGCUGCUGCUGCCUGAGUCAAGGAGAGUGUUGCAGACUUCGUUUAGCUGUGACCAUUAUUUAGGACAUGAAGUUCUCCGUCCUAUUUUCAAUUGGCAUCAGGCAUUUGAUGGCUUUCCAUGGUCCACUGUUCAUUAGCAAAAACGAAGUAGUUGUAAUUCAUAUGGAGGCACUAUAUUUCUCCCCCACACCCUCUACCCAAAGAAAGAGUGAUCAGAGAUGGAGGGGGUGGCGAUCUCUCUGCAUCCCAAACCUCUGUGGCCAUCAGAAUAUGGGGAGAAAGUCAACUGGGAAGCUUUGACACCAGAGGAUUGAAAACAUAUUUUUAAAAAUGCUCACAAUCCUCAAAGUGUUCUAGAAUACCAGUGCACCUUUUAAAAACCCUCUAAUGAUUUUAGUCCUAAUAUUUCAUACCUACCUGGUGAGCAUGGGAGCAUAUACAACUAAGUAAAAAAUAACAUAAGAGAAAAGAAAAGUAAAAGCAUUAAGGACAAAGUUCCUUAGGCAAAAAUCCUAUUCAAGUGACUGAUAUGGUACCUUAUUUGGAUAGAUACCAAAACGUACAUAGUACAAAUAUUCCAUUGUUUCAAUCCACCUUACUGUGGAGUCAUAUGUUACUUGGUUUGCAUAUAGGUAAAUGAAAAAAACAAUUGUUGGUGGUAGGUGUUCCUAAUACAGCAGCAAGGUGCAAGUAGAUGUUGAGUGGGUGAAAUGAGACAGCAUCACAAAUAAACUUCGUAGAUUAUAAUCCCCCACAAUUGCUCUUAGUUGUCCAAACAGAUGCUGAAAUGAUGAGCAAAGGAUGGGACUUGGAAUUUGUUCCAUUGCAUUCCCAUAUCAAGUGAUCACAACUACCAAAGCUGACCACACCAGCCACUUUUAGAGGUUAAGCACAUGGCAUGCAAUCACCUGUGGUGAUGACCUGGGUCCUAGGGAAACCAAAAAGCCUUUUUAUCCACUUAUGCCCUAGCCAGGAGAUCUACAUGCCCUUUCUAGAUGGCAGCCCUGUCGGUAUUCCUAUAUGGUAGAAGUGCUGCUUUUGCCACAAAUUUGCCUAUUCAGACAUUGCAUCUAGACAGGUUGUACCUGUCCCAACUACUCAACGCAGGAAGGUCUGAAUGGGGAUUGUAAGCCUGUUAAACUGUGUAGUCUGAAUUCCUGAUCUGGGGGAGGGCUUUCAUUGCAUUCAGCCUAAGAGGCUUACAAGCCCCGUUUAAAUUGUGUGAAAGUCAGAUGUGGAACUGGCACAGUCCGUCUCUGCUCAUACAGUUAAUGAACACCUUCAAUGGCUUAAGACCCCAGUCUCCAUAUGUCAGUGGAAACAGUAGUGAUGUACACUACAGAUUUAUUGUGAGGACAAACAUCAUAAAUAUUAACAAACAUGGUAUAUAUUAAAAUGCUGCAUAAAUUGCUCAUAUACAAAACAUUGAUACAAGAUACAUGAACAAGAUCAAAUUUGUAAAUAUUGGUGUGAGACUUGUUAUUUAAUGUACCAUCCUACUCUGAGCUGCUGGAAAAAAAUGCUAAUUAAAGCAUUAAAUAGUCUGCUAAAUUCUAGAUGGCUUUGUUAUGUAGUUGCAAGUGACGGGAUAGCAUAUGUUUCAGCCCUGAGUAACAAGUGAGACUGGAGUGAAGUGAAUAGGAGUGGAGUUUAAUCUUUCAAGGACGUCGUGAAACAUUCCAUUUCAUGAACAGAAUGUGAGUAUACUGUGACUAGUUCAGGCAACCAAUGGUAAUAGAAAAAUGCCAGUUUUUCAUAUUAACCUCACUUUUGCCUGAUAACUCCCACAGGGUUUGCCUAUUCCCAACUCUUGUCAUUGCCAAUGUCUGUGCAGUUGUUGACUUUGCAGCUCUAUUGUGAAGCAAGAUAAUACAGUAUAGCAUUAGGACAUAGACUAGUCAUUGCUAGAUUUUUGUGUGGCAGAGUGGGAAAUUGGCUCAGUAAAGCAACAUUAGAGGUUCUACCCAUACCAUACAUUUAAGACAUUCUUAUGCCACCUGAACAGUCAUGGCUUCCCCCAAAGAAACAUGGGAGCUGUCGUUUGCCCUUCACAGAUCUCUUAGUUCCCAAUAUUCUUUGAGAGAAGCCAUGACUAUUCAGAGUAUGGUGUGGAUGUGACAAAUUUCUAUGGACGGUCCUUUUUGUUACGAAAUAAACUAAAAUGGUUCCAGGCCAUCACAUUUGUACUUCUGUGACAUGGGCAUAAUGGCUAGUUGCACUAAAGACACGCAAGUCCUGUGUGACAUCUUAGAGAAUAUUUAAUGUUUUUGUAAACUAUUCCUGUUACUUCCCCCUCUGUGAGCUUCAAGGGAGGAGGACAAUAUAUGUUAGCCAUUCAUCUUCAGAUUGCUUUCCAGACUUUGUCUUUUUCUGGACAACAGGGAAAAGGAAGGUGAUUACUGUAGCUCAGGCUUUCAGAUUCAAGGAAGAGGCACAGCUUCUCUGCAAGUCUUGAGGAACCUCUUCAGUAUCUCUGGUAAGUCAAGCUAUGUUGUUAAGACUUGUACAGGCUGUUUUCUGAAUCACACUUGACCACUGAACCAUCCUAGUUCUUACAAGAUGGUAGAAUACAAAUAGUCCUGCACAAAGGAGAUGGACUUGUGAAGGGGCAAGGGUUCUCUGACCUAGUGGCCUCUAGGGCAGAGAUAGCCAACCUUACAAGUGUUGUAGUUCACAACUUCCAUCUCUUAACUCUUGGCCAUCCUGGCUGGGUUGAGGAGUCGUCCACAACAGCAGGAGAGCAUCAUGUUGGCUACCUUGCAUGCCAUCCUAUGUUUCCCCCAUACUUUUAAUAACUGGACCAGUUUCCUUUUUCUGGAUUAAAAUUUGAGGUAGCCUUCACACUCAUGAGUUUCUUAAUCAGUAAACAAUGCCUGUGCUACAGAUUCUAACUCAGCUGUAGCACAGACCACCUCAGUGAAGCCCACUGCAUCCUUGUUCUCUCCAGUUGGUGUUGCUACCCAUAUAGUGGCAGAGAAGGGAUCAAUGCUUUAAAUGUCAGCCUGCUUUAAUGGGCAGAGGUGGCUGCAUCAAACAGGUGAGACUUUUCCAAAAUAUUUCUCUUCCAGCACAGCAGUAUAUAUGGACCUACAGUUUUGUAGCCACUGCACUAAUGAAUAUAAUGUAACAAAACAAACACAAAGCAAAACACUGCUGGGAAAUACUGAGAAACAAAAAGACAACUUUUAAUUAUGACUUCAUAGUCUUAUGCAGCUAGAAAAGCAACAUACACAUACAACAUAUGGUACUCCAAAAACACUGACGGCUACACAAAUAGAUAUGUUAACAAUAGUUUGCACAACAGUGAGGAUGACAAACAUGCAUCUAUAUAGAGAUGAGAAUGGGUAUCAGAAGUUCUUAUAUAAGGGAUGGCCAAGGGCUUGUUUAUGCUAGCAGUUGACUGUAUGUCAGUGCUUAGUUGGGAGCUGAAUUGACUGUCAGUUGACCUGAAACAACUGCCCAAGAAAUUCUGGGAAUUGCUCCAGGCAUGCCUGAAAGAUGUUUGCACAGCUUUCCUUUUUUUUAGUGGAAGGUUGUCUUCACUAAAGUGUGACCUAUUGAAGUUGAGUGGCUGCAACUUCAAGACCGUGCCUUAUCUUUGAGAUUUUAUCUUGCAUUUGUAUGGUCUUGGUUGAAACAGGUCACACCUAGCCAAGCCAGACAGAAAGUAGGCAGUACAUCUUAGUUAAUUGCCCCAGACAAGAACCUUCCUCCUAGAGUACAUAGAUUAGUCAUGUGAAUGAUUGUAAAUGGUUGUAUCAAGCUGCAGCAUAGACAGGUCCCGAUGAAAAAUUAAGCACUGUGUGCAUUACUGUGAGUUGACAAUCAAAAGGUGUUUAUGAACCUUUACCAGAUAUAUGUCUGGAGCAGUAAGCUACAAUACUGAUGUUCAGCAUCAAAUUUUCACAGCUGUUUUGAAAUCAAAUGAGGUUUCCAACUUUUCUGCAGACUUAAAAGACAAAGUUCUCCAGCAAACAUUCCACCCAUCAGUCAGAACAGAGCAUGGUAUAUCUCCAUACAUUUUGUUGGUCCAUCACUUUAGCUAACAAGCAACAUAAGGAGGCAGUAUUGGGUGAGAAAGAGACAUGGGUAGCAUAUUACAUAGGAUGGAAUGCAUGUAUCAGCAUAAACUGUUAAUGUAUUCGUACUAUCCCUGCAACCAGCCUAUGUACAAAUGCUAUACAGAGUUAGGGAAUGCAUUGCUCCAGAACAUCUGAACUCAGAGCUUGUAUGAAGGUCUUUGUUGUUUCACUCCACUGACACCAAAUGCAAGCAAGGCACCCAUGUGCAAGUCCUACUGAACUCAGCCUUAAUUCUGAGUAUUUAAGAACAGAAUCUGGUUUAAAUCCAUGCAUGAUAAAGUAAACCACAGUGUUUAAUUAUAAGUCACACUUAAUGCCACAUUAGUUUGAAUUUUAUGAACAAAAUUACAUGUAUGUAGAAUUUUAUUACAUAACAAUUCUAUCUCUCACAAAGGAAUGGGUAAUACUUAACCUUAAAAAAGGUUUACAUUUUUAUUUCAGCUUGCUUCAGAACUCUGAAACAGGUGUUCAGGUUUUUUUGGUUUUGUAUUUUUUGAAAGCAGUGCUUUAAGGUCAAUUUCUGCAGUGUGGCUUUCUCAAUACAGAAAAUAAGCAUGUCACAUGUGAAAUCUCCCCCACAAAGAUACAUAUAUAGAGCAUGUAAAUAACCUUUUACCUUACAUUGCCUGUUAACUGGAUUCAGGCAAUUUAGUGUUGACAUGCCUGAGGAAGAUGUUAGGUGAUAUUUUUUAAUGUCACAAAUCAGCUUUUGAUGUGGCCAAAUGAAGCAAAAUCUCAAAACCCUCUUUUCAACAUUAUAAUGGUGUAUUAAAUAAUACACAAAGGCAGGAGUAAACUGAAUUGAGGGGGCUUCCUCUUCCCAAGAGUUCAUCUUGCCUUCAACCAGCAGGUGGAACUAAAGCCCAACUUUCACAGGCAAUGGGCGAUUGGACAUUUCCUCUCUGCACACCAGAAAAGCUUCAGAAGUUAAAUUCCACUGGUUUCAAUGGAACUAGGAAGUGUGCAUAGGAUUGCAAACUUAAGGCUAGAAUUCUGUACUCUUAUUUCAUACACACCUGGGAGCUUGCUCCAUUGAACUCUGGGACUUAUUUUUAAGUAGACAUGUAUAAGAUUGCACUGUUAGCGGCAUUGAUUUGAUUGAGACAGCCCCUCCCAAAUAAAUGUCAAGACAAUACUCUGUGUUCUGCAUAACAAAUCACUAAGAGGGAUUGCGCAUUUAGAGUACCAGAGAAGGAAAACAAUUUAUAGCUUGCCUUUCUUUCAUUAUGGAACCCAAGGCAAGGCAUAAAUGACUCUUAGGUAGUCCCCAUUCAGGACAGACCAGACCUAAACCUACUAAGCUUUAGCAAGGUAUAGUUCCAUGUUGUCUCAUACCAUACCCUGUGACAAACUUUUGAAAAUGCUCAAUAAAACUUUUCAUGAGUACUUCCACUGAAGAUCCAUUUUUAAAAUUUAUUUUAAAAUAUUUUUAAAUUUUGGUGAGGUAAGCUUGCUAAACAAGGAAAGGCGAGUCUAAGCUUCAAACAACGUGUUUUAAACUAUAUUUAACUGUAAUGAAGUAAGGUGAUUGUAGAACUAAAUUGUCUGUGUUGGAGACUAACAUGAAGACAGACAGCUCAAGCAUUAAAAUGGGAUUCUGACACUUGUGAUACCAUAUAAGAAGAAUGUAUUAUGGUCACAACAGACUGCUUUUGCCACUGAGAAACUUACAUUUAUUUUACCGGGGUCUGUAUAGGACAAGUUCAAAAAGCACAAUGGGGCUUACUCCCAGGUAAGGUGUUAGGAUUGCAGGUUUAGUUAAGCACCCAGAACACUAUUCACAGUGUAAACUUUGCUUUCCCCCAAAAUAAAUCUUGGGAAGAUUUGUUUCUGAAAAAUAGAAAAAUCACAAUAAACUAUGGACUGAAUAUUGUUGGCAUUCAUUACAUUUUUAGAGCACUGGAUGAAGUAUAACUGACGGCAUCAUAAAAGUGGCAUUAAGGAGCCAUGCACUACAAGCAGGUGAAGAGUAAAUCUAUUAGCUCAACAUAAAAAACAAUUCUGGGGUGGUCAUGGCACAAACUCAUUAUUAUAAUUUAUGAACUCCAAGAACAUUGCUGUAAUCAGAAUUGUUUUUAUAGAAGAAACCCUUAAAACAUUAAACUGUGUUUUACAGCUAUUCAUUCUUAAGAGAUUGGCUGGCUGAUCUUCAUAGCCACCAAUUACAGUGCAAGAGCUUACAAAGUAAAAGCCACUGAGAUUUCAAAACACAAUCACUACCAUAGUUAAAUUGUUGAGGAAGAAUCAAAUUAAGCUUUAUUUCCUGUUAAAACAAUUGUAGUGCUUUUGGAUUGCUUCAAAAAUCAGUCUCAACUUAAUGAUUUUAUAUUAAAUACAAAUAGAAUCUGCAAGAAAUGUUUCUAGAUUUAUUCACUGGCGAAAGAGAAAACCCUCCAUGCAGAGUGCCAAUAUUGCAGUUCUUCAAGAUGUCUUUGUGGGUCCGCCAUGGCUAUGUAGUUUUCUUCUUCUGUUCUACAAAUUAAUAAUGGCAGCAGGGAAUACUAGAACCUGGCAUUGGCAGUCAGAAAGAGCAGUGGAUUUUCCCCCUUAAAAACACACUUACUAUAUAACUUCAUUAUCUAUUAUUAAAUAUGUUUACUUCACCCAAGUCUAUCCUGAUAAAAAGCAAAAAAGUGCACUUAUAAGUGCACAGGUUAUGAGUUCUAAAAGUGUUUAAACGGCAGUAGAUUUGGCUCAAUUUGCAAGACAGGAAGGGUAUGAAAUACUGGCAUUUGACGUUAAUAGUAUUUUGAUAGUCAUGAUUCAUGUAAAUAUCUCACUCCACUGGCUUGUAGUUCUUGACUGGCAAGGAGGGCACAUUUCCAAACAAAAUGUUUCUGGUCCAUUAAUCUGGGAAUAUUAGAUGCCAUUCUAAUAUUUUGAUUCUGCCAUAAGUUUGGCCACAGAUUUGGUCUCCAGAUUAUUUUUAAAGCACAGUUGUUCCAAUAUAAAACACUGUACUUUUACAUAGCUGACAACAAAGUUGAUGAAAAGAGCACAUUUCAUAAUAUAAUACACUAAUCUCUUCAUCCUGUAAGAAGGUAUUCACAGUCAGUCUCCAUCUCUAUGCCGUUACCUCUAGCAAAACGAGGUGUGUUCCAUUUUAAUUUAAAAGAAGUGUGAUGCCCCAGAAGAAAACUGAAUGGCAACUAAUUUGCCUGAAAAGUUGAGUGACAUGUAGUGCUUGAAGGAAUAUUUCUGCAAGAACGGGUGGAAACUUCCAACUUAAAUCAAAGUCCGCAAACCCAUGUUGUCCACGUUUUCUUCCAUAAAUGAACCUGAAUUGUUCAGCAGAAGCAAGAUUAAAAAAAACAGUUUAACUUAUCAGAACCAAUAAUGUAACAGUGUCUACUGGUGGCAGUGUCUCCUCACUGGGGCAUAUAACCACCCUGCUUUACGGUCUGUGGUAAGUAACACUUUGGGACCUCAUCCUCUGUCACUGCAUUUGUUCUCAUUGUUUCAAACUCUGCAGCUAGUCCUUUGGGGCUUGGGUGGAAAGCACCUGCUAAGGCAACCUCAUGUUCAUCUGGGCCAGAGCUACACAUUUGCAAAGUCUGAGGUCCAGCAGCAUCUUCCUCAUUUAUUGGAGAAAUCUGUUUUGCCCCAUCCAAAUGAGGCUCAUCCAUGACUGUAUCAUCGUUAUUACAAUUCUGUUUGAAAUAGCGAUGCCUUGGUGUCGAGUUGUCGCUUCCCAGCACUGGCGGAUCUUCGAGCCUCUCCUCUGAGUCUAGUAGAGGUUGCGUUGACUCAGACCUUGAAAAGACUUGGACUGAAGGUAUCUGGUCCCGGUAGCCAUUGGGUACAACAGUUGAAUACUGCACAGUGCUGGAAGUAUUUUGAGCAGGUUCGCCUUCAUCGCUGUCAGAAACGCUUUGUCGAGGAGAAGACAUGCAGGAUGACCCCCCUAUACCACUGCUGUGCCCUUCUGAGGCAUUUUUCUCCUUUCUAAGCAAGUCAAAAGGCUUAGGAUCCUGUUCAGAAAAUGACUUCUUGUCAAUUUCAACCACACUGACAUCAGUAAAGCUGCCUUCUGGAUAUAUUUGAUCUUUGGAAUGAUGAAAAUGCUAAGGAAAAAACCAUAGAUUUAAUUAAUGCUACCUUUAAAUGAUGCAACUUGAUUAACUAUGUUCAGGAUCUAGAUUAUGCUGUUGUUAGCAUGCACUCAAAAAGCCUUCUAGGACUUAUAGCUACUUGAACAGCGAGUUAGUGCAGCUCCAAUUCAGUCUUUUGGCUUUAACGCCCUCUCGCCUAAAUACUGAAUUAUUCAAAGUUCACAACAGUGCUACUGCCGUAUUUGCAUUAUUCCCCAAACAUGGUUCAAAAAGUUUCUGUAUAUAAAAUUGGAUUCUCUCCAGGAUAGCAAAUUAAUUAUUUCUACUUAACGGAUUAAAAAUAUUAAGUUUCUUCCAUGUUUACGGAUUCAAAAAUGCAACAAUAAUUCCCUCCUUCACAACUUUUCAAAUGAGAAGUGCUGGACCUUGCAUCUAACUGGGUAUUUCUUUUUAUUUUUCAUCUUUAAAUCUCAAUACAUGAGAGUUUGUUGUAGCAAUCUCCAUGUUCCCUAAAGGAGUAGACAGAUUUCAAGCCUGCAGGAUCUUUGUUUUUUUCUCAGACCCCACAGAUCCACCAGCUGGAGCCAAGCACAAUUCAGUUGAUUAGAAAGAGGGGCAGAGGUGUUCUUAGAAUUGAAGACGAGAGCACCUCUGAGUGCCUCUCAGCCCAGCAAUUUGUUUUCAUUACCAGAAAUGAGCUCUCUAUUCCAAAUCCCCCCCAAGCUUUAUUUCAGCAGUGUUAUCCAAAGGAAAAAGUUGCUUUCUGAUCUCCAGCUGUUUGCAGCAACAUCAGUAAUCUACUAAAAACCAUCCAAAGAUCUACCUGAAAUUUGUUAUCUAUCUUCUGUUCACCUCUGCCCUAAAGGCAUUCAUAUUUAUUAUUUCAAUGGUGCAAGAGUGCACCUGGCGGUGAACACUCGUUCUGGGCCUAAUAUCGGAAAUGCCCUUUCCUUCAGUGUCAAGUUAUUAUUCCCCUUCUUUCUGUACUUGUGGCAGAGGUCAAGUGCCAAGAAGCAACUCUCCACUCAAGAUUUUCCCUUGCAAUACAACACUUUUCAGCUACUAAUUUCUGGAGCAAUUUGUAACAUCUCUACACUGUUCUGAAGACUCAGUUUCGGUUUCUGUUAAUGCAAGUCCUGUUUUUAAACACAAAGUCACAGUUACUGUUGGACUAUGAAGAAUUUUUGUGGCAGGGAUACUCAUAUCCCAAGAAUGGAUGCUAUUAAAUUCCACAAUAAAAUAUUUUAUUUCUAGCCUGUUUUCACUUCCCAACCAUUACUAUCCUUUUACAUCCUACUGCCACAUUAGUGGUUUAACUAUGGAAAGGCAGCAUACAAAUAAACAAUGAUGAGGACGACAAAUUACUUCAGAAUAGUCUGUUUUUGUUCUUACCUUUGAUGGUGUUUGUGGUGACCACUGGGCAAUAACACUCUUAGAAGGAUCAGGCACGUUAGGCCAGAUGUGCUUCUUGAUGCUGGCAAAGGAUCAAGAGAAAAGUCAUUGCAUUGCAAGUGCCUACUGAUAAACUUACACCAAUGUUAAGCUCCAACUUUCAGAUUCUCAAUGUUAUGAUUUUUGAGUUCUGUAUAUAGGUGAACAGGGAUCCUGUGGUCUUGGCCACACCUUGUGAAUAGGGGAAAAUAUUAUGCAGACAGAAGAUGUUUCAAGUAUUCUAGGUCUGAUGCUAGAUCUGGAAAACCACUGACAGCCUCUUUCCCCUUCACAGUGAGGGCAGCUCUGACUGAGAAAAGGAGGCCAGGAGAGACUUGCACUGGGCCAGGUUGGAAUGUUUUCCUUACUUAGCAUCACUAUGGCUGUAAAAGGAAGGGGCAAUAAGGCCCAGAAACUACAAAAGUCUGUUUUCUUUCUUUCUAAACAAAUGCAUACAAUCCAUGACACAACCAAGAAUGUUCUGUUCCACACCCCAGCCAGAUGCACUGCUCCAUGUGCCAUCUCUAUAGGAGACAUGGCUGGCUAGGAUAUGGAACGGCCUUUGCUGCUGCGGCACCCUAGCUGUGGAACAUUCCCUUAAAAGGAGAUAAUUGUACUCCCCCACUCCAACAAUGUUUAGGCAGGUGGGUUAAAACUAAAGGAUUCUGACUUGCUUUAAUUCCAACCAGGUUGUGAAUCUGCUCAUCAUCUGUUUUAACACUAUGAACUGUCUUGAGGGUACUUUCAAGAGCUGAAAGGUAAUAUGUAAAUUAUUACACACACAUACACCAACUAAAAUAUGAGAAGUUUUAUAAAUUCUUUCUGUAGGAUUACAAAAAGCAGGGGUGGGAAAUGUCAGGCCCAGGGCCUGAAUGUGAACAUGGGACCCACCCCAAGCUAUACCCCUUUCCCUGACCCUGUGUUCUCUACUGCUGUUGCCUGGCUGGUACAUGCCCUUGAAUUGUGAUAGUUGCCCUUGCUUGCCUGGAUGGAGAGAUAUGAGUGUAUGCAGUGUGGCCUAUUAUCCAAAGAACAAUAUCUGUUUCUCUGGCAUUUUGUAUCCACCAGUGUCAAGCAGCAGCCCCUCCCUGCCUCAAGACUGCCCAUGAGGAAAUGCAGCCCUGGGCUUGAAAGGAAAAAAAAACCCAAUCAGAGCAAACUCAGGACUUUUGCCUAAUACCUCUUUCAGUGUUAAUGCAGCAUAUUAUCCAUGCAAUGUACUGAAAUAAGGGUGCUUACCUAUCUCGUUUGUUGAAGCAAAAUAAUACACCUAAAAGAGUAAAUAGCAGGAUUGCUAGGCACACAGGGACAACAAUUGCUUCAAUUUCUCCUUCCGCUAAAAGGUAAAAGACAAAAUGUUAGAUGUUUUUAAUAUCUCCCUAAAAAUGCUGUGCUUAGUACAAUCAUAUUUUAAAAACAUGAAAUCCAUUAGUAUAAAGUAAGUCUUUCAGAAUCUGAUCCUAGUCUUCUUUGCUUGAGAAAAAAAAAAGUUUAAAUGAUUUAGAUGAGGUUUAAGGCAUAAUAAGCAAAUUCUUCUAUUUUGUUACACUUUUGCCCUACUUAAAAAUAAAUAAUAAGGCAAAGCCUAAGGUGACUAACAAUAAAAUCCAGAAUAAAAAGUAACUGAUCCACACAAAAUAAGCAGUAAUACAAUUCCAAUAUCAAAAGGAAGGAAGAGCAGAUUUAAAACGUAAGAAAGGACAACUAGUUGAGAACAUAAAUUACAGCAAUAUGGCAGAACAAAUCCACCCUGGCAGGCCAAAUGCCCACUUACAUAAGGGCUUUGCCUGCCAGCAGAAGGCCAUCAACAAGGGGGCUAGGUCUAUGAGCCUCCGCUGUAAGGAGUUUCAAAGCCCGGAUACAGCCACUCAAAAGACCCUCUCUUAAGUAUGUGAAGAUAAUGUAAAAAGGUAUCUCUAGGUAAUAUGCAGAGGUGAGAAAACAUGUGGUAAUAUUGACCCAUCUUAAUUCAUGUUUUCAGUGAGUGUCCAUCCAACCUGUGUGGUGUGAUGCCAUCUAGUGUCCAAAGACAGGGAAUGCACUCAGUCAAUGCACAGGUAUGCACAGGUAUUCUAUUCCUUCCAGUUAUUUUAAGCGGAUGCUUUGACUUCAAAUGCCAUUUCUGUCAUUGGGCACUAGAUGGCAUCACAUGAUGGAUGGACCCAAGCCACCUUUCAAAUGAGACCAAUGGUUGCUUUUGAUAAUCAAGUGAGGGUUAUCAAGUGUGGAAUACAGUCCCAGAGUACUACUUAAGGUUAAACUAUGAAACUAGACAUGUGGCACUACCAACGCAUACUAGGUCCCGAGCAGUUCAACAAUUAAACAUAUUAAACAUUUUAUGUAAGAACUUACCAAAUUUCUUUGUAGUAAAUGUAAAAGCAGGACCCCUUUUCCCUCCAUUUUUUGUGUAUGCUGCUACCUGCACCAUGUAUAAAGUGUCACUUGAUAAGGACGACAGUGGGUACUCCGUUUUAGAAGGGUCCACAAACACAACUGGAAAUAAAAAUCACCCAUUUGAUAUGCGUUAUAUAAAACAGUACAGCUCUUGUAUUAACACUAUACAAGCAAAACCAGUUUUACCCAUGACUUAUAAUUUUCACGAUUCAAAUAAAAAGAAGAUGUGAAGACUGUACUUCAACUUGCAUGCCUGGUAAAUAAAACUCUUCUAUAACACCCCUACCACCAAAUAAGCAGUACUUGUUUCAAGUUCAAUUCUCUACUAGAAAAGAAGUGAAAGUGUAAAUAGAGAUCUUGUUAGAAGUUUGUGACCUUAAUUUAAAUAAAUUUAAAAUUUAAAGGAAGUGUAAAAUAACGUAUGUUUCAUUUUCUUUAAGAUUAAACUUCAAAAGUGUUUUUAAAUAAAAAUAUUUAACACAGCAAUAAUGAAGUUUGCUAUAAGAGCACUGGUGCUACAAAACACUAAGCUAUGACUUAGUGUUAUGUGAGCAGAAGCAAGUUUCAGCCUCAUGUACUCCCCGCCCCCUUCCUUCUCCAGGCAUGACUACGACAGGACCGGAAACAUCCCCUCCAGUUUUGUUUUUUUUAAACUAACCAGAAUAUCAUUAGACCUGAACUGCUGAAACUCUUGUUAGUUAAACUAUAGUAACCAAGAUCAGGAACCACAAUUUGAUCUUGGUUUGUUUUUAACAAAUUAUAUGUUAAACCAACCAGUAUUUCCGUGGUUUAGAAACAAUGAUAAACUCAAGUUUCUUUAAAACAAGUGAAGUGCUUUCAAUCCCUUUGCAGUCAACACUGGAGAAGAGGAGAGCGAUCACCCAUGGCUUGCUUCUGUUUCUGCUUCUCCAUGUUGUGCAAAACCAUGGUUUAAUGUUACUUCUGAAGCAGGCCACAAUCUCCCCUUUCUUUCUGCAUGUGUGGAGAAACCCUCCUCUCUAUCAAAUGAAAAGGUUUGAAGAAACUCCAAUGCAUAAAUCUAUGAAAAAGUAUUUGCUGAGAUACCUUACUAUCUUGGCAAACGAGCAUGCUCUCCAUUUAUCUUUUGGGGCUGUGGUAGGGCACAUGGGAGGAGGUAAGAUAUUUAGAUUAUGCCACUCAUUAGUCAAAAUGAGCAUCUGGUGCUGUGUACAAAAGGCUGUAGAAAAGUCAGCAAACACUCAGAUGCUUUAAUGCCUAAUGACUUUCCAGUGACCCACUAUUCAAGAGGUAUCCUCUGCAUUCUACAUCAGCUGCAACCUCCAGAUCAUCAAAACAAACUCACAUAGAGCAUAUUAUGCUUGUCAGGAUAUGAAAGCUUGAAGAGCUUUUUAUAUAUUUCACGGAAGUUGUAAAAGGCUAAAUGCCACACCAAAGAGAGCCGACUCAGUAAUUGGAAGGAAGUGAGCUUAAUUUAUGACUGAAAGUUCCUAUAGAUCACAGUCAAAAGGAAUGAUUUUAUAAAAGAAAAGAAAAAAAUUGUUCCUAGAAAUAUGAGCCAGCAAAAAACAUAAGCAUAAUGAGGUAUAGCAAUUACUACACUUGUGCCACAUCACUAUAAAUUAUGAUGCUGCUGCAGACAUAAAUGAUAACUUAAAAUGUCUGGAGUUUGGGUAGAGAAAAAGGCAAAAAUAAAGCUUAAAAUAUAUUUAGAAAAAGUAAUCUCAGUCGAAUCAUAUAUUUAAACAUAAUAAGCAAAACUCAAUUACCUGUUUCAUUUCCAGUAGCUGUUCUGUAAAUUAUAUUGUAGUAUUUGAUAAAUCCAUUCUGUUCUUCUACUGAAAGAGGUUCCCAUUCAAUAAGGGCAUCAGUUUUUCCAACUUUUGCUGUCCGAACAGUGGGACCUAUGGCAGGUGCUAUUAGUGGAAAAUAUUUAAAAAUUAAUUCUGAAGAGCAAAUUCUAGAUAACUGCAUAUAGUAAGUUUGUUAUAUUAAAAUGCCAUUUUAUCUGUUUUAAUAUGGAACAAGCCUGAAGGUAUACUGGUAAAUGACAUACUAUGUCUGAUUGUAUUGUAAGAAAAGAAGAACCUUUAAUUUUCAAAGUCUGUAUUUUGUUGAGAUUUCUAAGAAAUUAUUAUAAUAACGAAGACAACAAGGUUUGCAUAAUAAGAGCCUGUAUAUUAAUAACUAUGUACAGAGAAUAAAAAGUAAAAAGUAAAAAAACCUCCACAUUUAAAAAGUAUAGGCCAUUUAUCACAGAUUUUCAUAAAUAUUUCCAGAGCAAAGGAGAGAGGAGCACAUGAGUAAACACUAGAUUACUAGUCACGUCAGAAGAAAGCUAAAGACUCUGGAGGUUUCUUUCUUUACUUAUCACAUUAAAAAUAGAAACCAUAUGACCACAUGAAUCUGGUUUGGCCAACCCUUAAGCUAGCUGCACAAUGUGAGUUAAUUUCUCAGAAAACACCAUCUGCCCAAUGCAGUCAUGCCACCUAUUGAUGGAGAAGUUCGAAGACGUUUUUGGCUACUGUCAUGCAAGAGAAAUUCUGGUGCUUUAAACGUACCAUCUUCUUCAAGGUAUGCUUGUAUUGAUCUUUCUUCUCCUUGACCAUUUGAAUAUAAUGGAUACACACUUAUUUUAUAGCUUUUCCGUGGCUUUAUGCCUCCUAAGGAAAUAAUUUUAAAAAUCAGAUUUGCAUAUUCACAUAUAUAUAGAUCCACUGACAUUUCCAUUUUGAACACUAGUUCAUCAAUUUCCUUUAAUCAAAUCCCUUCAUUUACACUCCAGCAGCCUUUUCAGCUGAAGAGUGGGGUACAAAUACUCUUAAAUACCUGGAAAGUCAGCUGAACAGCCUAGAAGUUAUUCUAAAAUACAUCUGAAUGAAUCUUGGAUGCUAUAUAGGACAUGCUGGCAAGUGAUUGUGCAAAUGUUUCAUACUUAUUCUCUAUCUGAAAUGUCUAAAAGGGAACUUUUGCAGUUGCGAUGACCAAGCUAUCCAUGGGUGGGGACAGAACAGCAUUCUCCAUGAAAAUCUGUGAAGUUACCUAGUAAAUGCAGUGUCAGAGAGUUUCUUAACUAUACUGGAAAACUGUAAUCCUGAAGAAGCUAAACAUACUCCUGGCAUAGCUGUGACACCCAAGGUCUGUUUUCCCAUCUGUUGUUAGUGUAGCUACUGAGCUCUGUUGUCUCUCUUGCAGGCUUCAAUAUGUUCCCUUGACACAAAAGGGAUGAGAAGCAGGAUCACCUCUGGACUAUGAUGAAAGGGAGACUGAUUUUAUUCAGAGCUCAGUCAUUGGCAAAGAAGGGCACACAUACUGAUAGACUUCACAAAAGGGCAAAACUGGCAUGCUGUAACAUUGAAUCAAUCUCUCUCAACCUAUAAAAAGUGCCCUAAAGGAAUUCCUCCCCAUGUGUGACAGGAGCUUAGAGACUCACUAAAAAUAUCAGAUAUUAUAGACAUAUUUAUAUUUCUUUUAUAUUUAAAAAGAUGUCAAAUUACAAGUGCCUUUUUAUCUAAAAAAAACCACAAAAUCACAUUUCUGUAAGGUAUAAAAAAUGUUUGUGUAAUCAAUAAAUAUCGAAGAGUUUAUAAAUAUUGAGAGUUACCUCUUAAAAAUGUGCGAUUUUUCAUUCCAGACUCCUGUUGCCAUUCACUAGCACAUGUCAAAUUGUCACACUCUUCAUACCAUUCAAUUAUGUAUCUAUUAACAUCAGUUUUAGGAACUGUCCACUCUACCCAGAGCUUGCCAUCUUUAGGAAAUGCUGUAAGAUUUUUCACUGGAGCUGAAAUGACCAUAAACAUACUGUUAAAUUAGUAUUUUUAUUUCUAAAAGAAUAACAUUUCAAACAUUAAAAAACUAAAAGGGGUUGUUGGAGAGCUGCAAUUAUAUUUCACUUCAACAAAAUGUUAAUAAAGCCUGAGCAGAUGCCGAAGGUCACAGAUCAAACACCUUUCAAGGUAAGUUGUAAUUCAAUCAAGUUUUGACACCCAAAGAGAAUUCAAAUGUUUACAUUUUGAAGCACAUUUAAUAAAGUUUUCAUUUCUCCUUAAUAGCUAUUGUGCUGCAAUGGCUGAAAGCAAAAAAUAAAAAUGACCUAUUAGUGGGCAGGUCCACCACAAUGAGAAACUGCCAUAUAAAUAUAGCAGUAUAUAGUAAGGGAAUAAAAUACGUUUUUAAUAUGUACUUAUUCCUGUUUCAGUUGUUAGGUGGUGCCACGUAUUUCAGAGGAAGUCUUACAGAUACCAGAUAUGUAAUCCCCACUUGUUCCUCUCAGCUAUAGACUUCUGUAGAAUGGGGCUGUAAGUAUUACAACCCAUUUUAAUGUAUUUGUAUGUUAUAGUAUUUUACUUAUCAUAGAGUCAUAAAUUUUAAAGACACGGCAGGGGUCAUCUAGUCCAACCCCCUGCAAUGCAUGAAUCUCAGCUAAAGCAUCCAUGACAGAUGCUUGUAGGAUUAUUGGUUUUAUUUUGUUGCAGGUUAUGACUUCAUAAUAAAUAAUUUGUAUUGGUAUUGUCCACCUGCUUUGCUAAUAGUCCAAUUAGAAUGAAGAUGCCAAGUCUCACAAGCUUGCUUCCAUUUACUAAUGCCUACACUGCCUUAAAUAAGUCAAACGUUUAGAAGCUAUCCUGUAAAGCACCUGGAUCUUAAGUUAAAAGAAAAGAGAUUUGAUGAGGAAGCAGCAGCAUUAUCUGAAGUGACCUUUUGGUUGAAGCUAAGCAGUUCUGGGUAUAGCAAAUACCUAGAUAGCCUGGAACCAUGUACGCCAUUUUGGGUUCCAUGACAGAAGAAAGGUGCAUUAUACAUGUAAUAAAAUAAAAUGAAGUGGACAGAUGCAAUGCUAAUUUGAAAACAAACAGAAACUGAAAGACUGAUAUCCUUCAAUAAGUUUACAUUUGAAAUAUUUCCUCCUCUUGUGGGGAUGCAGUUUACACAUUACAUUAAACCACAGUUAGAAACGAACUAUGAUUUAAUGUGAAUGUGCAACAUGUGGCUAAAAAGUUCUUGCUGUACUUCUCUGGCUUUGUUGUGUCUUCCAAACUCAGGCUUGAGGUUUGUUUCUCCCCUAACAAACCACAAGCAGCAAGCACAAACCUUGGCUGCUGCUCCUGGUUUGUGUAGCAAGAUACAAACCAAGGACCUGGGUUCAGAUGACAUGACAAGCCAAACUUUUUUUGUUCGCCGUGCAGCAGGAGCAAGGAAGGAGUGCAGCACAAACUUUUCAGUAGCAUUCACUUAAGUGUUGUGGUUGACCGUUUAGUUUAAUCUUACAUGCGAUCCUUCUAAUGGGAUGUGUGAAGUAGGCAAAAAAGUGGGAUAUAUACUCAAUGCCAUGUGGGAAAACUUACCUCUUGAGUUAGUUGCUGGGAUCAGCAAAACUGAUGCAGGAGAUUCACCCACACUGUUUGAUGCUUUAAUUCUCACUUCAUAUGUCCCAUUUUCUACAUUUAGAGUCAGCUGUGUGGUGUUCAGACUGUAGAAUUGCUGUUGAAAAUGAAGUGGUGGCUUUCCCAAGAUAGAUACAUCGUAUUUCAAAAUUAUUCCAUUAGCUUCAGAAGGAUUUAACUCCUGUUCAAAAUAGAAAAAGAUCUGUUUUAUUUAACCAUUUAUAUGUGAACAUCUGAGAUUAGCUAAUGAGAGUAAGACCUUUAUGGGUCACUUAAGCCAGAACCAUCUAUUCUGAUGAGCUGCAGCUCACCAAUGUCUAAGGCAGAGCCUUUCUCGGACUUGCUAACCAAGAUCCUAACCAAUAUUGUACAAGGAUCCUUUUUUAUGCAAAGUGUGUCUACUACAGAGCUAUUCAUGAUACCUUUUCCAAAGUCCUACACUGACAUGAUAUUUUACCAUCUGGCCUUGGGCACAAUGCUCCAGCUAACAUCAUUUCAUGCUUCUCAUCCAUUAUGACAGGAACACACUAUCUUGUAACUUGCUGAGAUCAGGCUUACGUGUUAAAGCUUUGUUCCAAGAGAAUAAAUCACUUCACUCAAAAUUAUUUUGCCUCAUAAGCUAAACAUGGACAAUUCUCAAGCAGUAUUUCACAGAACCAUUAUCCAGAAACUACAUCCAUGUGUGCCAUGUUUACGGAGAAGGGCACAUAUAUACCUGUACAACUUGUAGUUUGCAGAAGCAAGGACUAAGAAAGCAUAAGAUCUUCAUCCCUGUUUAUUUUUAAAACGGACAAGUAGCAAAUGUGACAUACAUGAGCCUUUUACUUCAUAAACUACACGUGUGCAUAUCUUACACUUGAGUGCAAUAUAUUGUGAAAGAAACUACCACCUAGAAGAAAGUGUUUACAGUAGUGUUAUAGUAUCAUGAGUUUACAUAUAACAGGAAUUAUGUUUGAGUGCAGAUGACAGAUAUUAGUGAGAACAUGAGGAAAUCAGACAUGCAGUGUAGUAAAUUUGGUACUACUUACCUUCCAGAUCAGCACCAGAGUCCAGUUUUCUGGUGAGUGAACAGGACUAAUCUUCCUCCACAGAUCUGGUCCUUUAGUUGGUUCUGAUAAAGACAAACAUCUCUCUUAAGAAUCAUGUUUAUUUAGCCCACUAUUCAUUUUUCUUUAAUAUAUAUGUAGGGUACUGAAAAAGAUUCAAGCUUAUAUAUAUAUUCACAAGUGCUUUGCUGCAGUAGAUGGAGCAUGAAGAAUAGCAGCAAUCUAGUCAUCCAAUGGUCGGCUGUGACAUACAGCCAGGCAUGUGUCUGCUGGUAUCACCUCCAUGAUUUGGGACAAACAGCCAGGAAAAGUGGCUGGGAGGCUCCUACAGCUUUUCUGAAGUAAGGAUCACAGUUGUGUGAUCUGAAGGAAAGACAGACCCAGGCGGGCUAAAAGGCCCAAACUUUUUACUCACCACCAGUUAGGAAUACAGUGAGGGAAUGGGGAAGAUAAGAAAGCAGGUACAGAAAGUCAUUAUAAUUUUUUUUUAUUUCUAGAAUAGGUUUUUGAGGAAUACAUACAGCACGUUCAUGGAUUUUGAUUUAUCUUGUACUAACUUCCAAUCCAAAUGAGAAGAAGAAGAAGAAGAAGAAGAAGAAGAAGAGUUUGGAUUUGAUAUCCCGCUUUAUCACUACCCAAAGGAGUCUCAAAGCGGCUAACAUUCUCCUUUCCCUUCCUCCCCCACAACAAACACUCUGUGAGGUGAGUGAGGCUGAGAGACUUCAAAGAAGUAUGACCAGCCCAAGGUCACCCAGGGGCUGCAUGUGGAGGAGCGGAGACGUGAACCCGGUUCACCAGAUUACGAGUCUACCGCUCUUAACCACUACACCACACUGGCUCUUAUGAGAAUAAGAGUUGGUGUUUCAAGCAUCAAUAAACAUGUCAAUAGCUUUGGAAACAUGUUCCAAAUCAAACUCUCAAUAUCAACAUGGAAUAAUUGUUUUAUAAACCAUUUUUGUUAGUUCUUAAUCUCUUUUAGGUUUAAACCACAUUUAUAG